AUGUCAUACCAAAAAGUUCAAAAUUUUAAAUGUCGAUGUCCACUUGUACAAACUGGUGUCUAUGGCCUUAGUGAGUCUCAUCAAAUACCAAAUAUUCCAUGUGAUCGUUCAUCAAACGAUGUUUUUCUUAAUCAGCAUCUUCAAUGGUAUCAUAAUUUCGAUAGUGUAUCAGCCCGAAAAUUAGUUCGUGCUAUCAGUAAUAAUGUAAAUCAAAAUGAACAUUUAUUCAGUAUUUACGAACGUGUGCUUAAGCAAAAUAUUUCCGUUGAAAAUUAUAAAUGUAAAUGUCCAUUAACACAAGAUGGUGUAUUUGGUUUAUCUGAUGAACAUGACAUAACGAAUAUUCCAUGUGGACGAGCUGAAAAAGAAGUUCUAUGUUUUCAACAUUUACAAUUUCAUCAUAAUUUAUCUUCACGUGCUGCAAAAAAAAUUGUUCUAGCAUUAGUAUCCUAUACUCCAACGAUUACAAGACUUUUCCAUAAUAAUGAUCAUAUCACGCAAUCGAAAUGUGCGGUUAGAAAACUUAAAGGCAAAUGUCCACUACUAUCAAGACAUAUUUACGGUCUAAGUGAUCAUCAUCAUAUUCCAAAUAUUCCAUGUGAUCGUGCGGAUCAACAUAUAUUUUUAUUUCAUCAUUUAACAUAUUUUCAUAAAUUAAAUGCUAAAGCAGCAACACAAUUAAUUCGAGCAUUACUUAUAAAUAAAGAUCCACGUGAACCAAUAUUUCAUUCAAAUGAUAUUAUUGUUGUAUCCGAUCAAGCCGUUAAUCAGCAACCGUAUAAAACAAAACGAUCGAAAAAAAUUAAUGAACAAGAAAAAAAUUAUUCAGAAACAAUUUUAGAUUUUUCUACACAUUAUCAAAGUCUUAUUAAUGCAAUUCAUACUUCGAUUAAUAAAACUACGAAUGACAAUUUAGAUAAUAACAUGAUGCCACUCGAUUGCAGUAAAUCCAAUCAACAAUCAUAUCAAUUAAACUAUCCAUAUUCAACGAAUAAUAUGGCACAAGCACAUGGUCUCGAUUUCAAUUCAUUCUUAACCUAA